AUGUCGCGGCAGAGUAUUAUCCUUACAUUAGGAGACUGUCGCACGUACAAGUCGCCAGGGCGCAUUGACACGGUCACCGGAGUGGCACGGGACUACCUCGUGGUCAAGGAUGCAUUCACGGUCGAUGACCUGUCCGUCACUCUGUCCAUCGCCCACCCGGAUGUGGCUUCAUUGAAGGUCACCCUCACGGCGGAGCCUCCCAUCGUGAGCGCAGAGUCCCUCCCCACCAGUAGUCGUACCAUUGUCCUGAAACAAGGUGGUGUGGGCGGCGCCGGAAGCAUCCUGAGGAAGACCACGUUCAACGACAGUGCCACAAGCGGCCUCUCCAGUGCCGAGAGCGAUGCCCCCUUCACGGACUCCUACAUCCCAACCCAGCGUCUGGGUUUCAUGUUCGAGGAUGGCGACGGCAAGGAUGCCUCCGACGGCGGCAGCGAGGGCACCUGGAUCCUGCAGGUGGAGGAUCCCCUGGAAAACUCCACCACCCGUCAAAUUGCCCUUAAUGGCUGGGCCCUGACCCUCUGUGGCAUGCAGGAGGCAGGUGAAGCUGCCGAAGCCCCUUCCCAGGAGGCCACCACUCCAAUGAUGGAGAGGCCCCUUGUGACGGCCUCGAACGGGCCCCCGCCACCCGCCGCCCUCCAGAUGAACGUGGUCAAGUCCCCUGCCACCAGUUCCUACCUGGGCUGGACUGUCGUGACCAACGCUGCGACAGCAUCGGCCAACGCCGCCGCCACAGCGGGUCCGGCGAGCCCCAUUACAAAGGCGGGCCCUUCGAGUCCUGUCGCCGCUACGGCCUCGGCGGGCGCCACGGCCUCGGCGGGCGCCGGCGCUGUAUUUGGUGUCCCCACACCCACAGACGUUCAGCGGGUGGCCAAGCAGUACAACAACUACCUGCAGGACGUGUUUGGCGACUGCACCGACGACAUCUGCAAGCAGCACAAGGACAAGAUCUGGAAGGGCGCCCUGUACGUCCUGUAUGCCUCCGCGGCCUGGGAUGGCCUCAAGACGGCCAACGAGGACACGGAGCACUUCAUCAGCAAGCUGCGGGAUCUGCUGCCGGGGGACAACCCGCACCUGCUGGCGUACAUCAAAUGGCUGCAGGAGAAUCGCGAGCGCCUGGACGAGUUCUCGGCCGCCCUGAGGGAGAACAUGCGUAGCAGCCCAAGCAAGCUGGAGAAGAGCUUCAAGAAGCUAUUCGUCGCCAUCUCCUCCCUGCCCGACCUCUUCAGCCACAAGUCAUCCUGA